UAGCCGCAGGGGCGUGGUCUGAGGUCGGCGACUCGAGUCCUGACUCCCUCUGGUUUCCGGUCUGGUCGGUCGGUCCCCGCUAUGGGCCUGGAGCUGUACCUGGACCUGCUGUCCCAGCCCUGCCGCGCUGUUUACAUCUUCGCCAAGAAGAACGACAUUGCCUUCGAGCUGCGCAUGGUGGAUCUGAUUAAAGGUCAGCACUUAAGCGAUGCUUUUGCCCAAGUGAACCCCCUCAAGAAGGUGCCAGCCUUGAAGGACGGGGACUUCACCUUGACGGAGAGUGUGGCCAUCCUGCUGUACCUGACGCGCAAAUAUAAGCUCCCUGACCACUGGUACCCUCAGGACUUGCAGGCCCGUGCCCGUGUGGAUGAGUACCUCGCAUGGCAGCACACGACUCUGCGGAGAAGCUGCCUCCGGGCCUUGUGGCAUAAGAUGAUGUUCCCUGUUUUCCUGGGUGAGCCGGUAUCUCCCCAGACACUGGCAGCCACCCUGGCAGAGUUGGAUGUGACCCUGCAGUUGCUCGAGGACAAGUUCCUCCAGAACAAGGCCUUCCUUACUGGUCCUCACAUCUCCUUAGCUGACCUCGUAGCCAUCACGGAGCUGAUGCAUCCCGUGGGUGCUGGCUGCCAAGUCUUCGAAGGCCGGCCCAAGCUGGCCACAUGGCGGCAGCGCGUGGAGGCAGCAGUGGGGGAGGACCUCUUCCGGGAGGCCCAUGAGGUCAUUCUGAAGGCCAAGGACCUCCCACCUGCAGACCCCACCAUAAAGCAGAAGCUGAUGCCCUGGGUGCUGGCCAUGAUCCGGUGAGCUGGGAAACCUCACCCUUACACUGUCUUCAGCAGUCCACAAAGCAUUUUCACUUCUAAUGGCCCAUGGGGGCCAGGCCCAGAAAGCAGGAAUGGCUUGCCUAAGACUUGCCCAAGUCCCAGAGCACCUCACCUCCCGAAGCCACCAUCCCUACACUAUCUUCCACAGCCGCCUGAAAGCCACAAUAAGAAUGAUGCACACUGAGGCCUUGUGUCCUUUAAUCACUGCAUUUCAUUUUGAUUUUGGAUAAUAAACCUGGGCUCAGCCUGAGCCUCUGCUUCUAA